GAGCCACCAAAGUGCUGGGGUUACAGGCGUGAGCCACGGCACCCGGUCUACAGACAGAUACAUUUUUGAGGUGACAGCCUCGUCUCAGUGGCCUCUGGGCUGGCUUCCUCUAGGGCUGGCUGGGUGGAGCUAUUGGCAGAGCUCUAGGGUUCCUGGCAGCGCCUCACCACACACCACCAAUCAUCCGAGCUGUUGGCAUGCAGUGAGGACCUUUACCCCCUUCCUUUUUCCUCCCCACAGCUGCAGGAGGGGUUUCUGCGGAGCGGAUACCAUACUGCUUGGGCGAGUUCUUCCCACCCCCACACUGUGUCUUGUUCCAGUUCCUUCCUAUCCCUGAUGUAGGCUGUUUUGGGGUUCUUAUUAGGGGUCACAUCUGGUAAGAGAACAUUAGGGAGUACCUUUGGGCACCCCUGUUCAGCAGCCCCCUUCUCCCCUUCCCUGGUUCCCUCUCUCCUCCAUCAGCCAGGCCCCUAUCACCUAUGAGGGCCUCUCAGUCCCUGGGUCCUCUGCCACAAAUGCCCCUUUUUUCCUUAGGGCUGGGUAUGAAGGGACAGUGUUGGGAUUUUUUAAAGGAAGAACUUUACUAGGAAAGUAGGAGGAAAACCAAAACCAAACCAAGAAAAUGUCAAAAUGUCUGCUGGUCCAGAAUCUGCGCUCGGCCUCUCGCUCUGCUCUGCUCCUCUGCCUUGCCUCUGCCUAGGAAGCUGUAGCCCUUCUUAAGCCCUCUGCAACUCCCUUGCUCACCUGCUCCCUGGCUCCCCAUGAGGGUGCAUGGGGGGCAGUGCUGCCACACACCUUUCCAGAGGUGCUGCAGUCAUGGCUGUUCCUCACCUUGUUCCUGGACCCACAGUUACUAGAAACCCCAGGAUCAUGAGGAGUGACAGAUGCAAACCAGGAGCCCCCAGUCUGAUGGGGAGAAUGGAGCCUCACCCUGGAGCUGGGGAGAUCAUCUGGGCCAGUGCAGCUCCAGCUACACAUCAUAAACCCCAGUGGAUAAGGCAGCCAGGAGGAGGGUGGGGCAGGGCAGAUAACCAGGAGGACCAGGUUUGGGGCCCAGCAUGGCCCACAUGGGUCUAAGAUGCAUGGAGAAGCAGCACAAGCAGGACAUGGGGACAGGCCCAGCCCCUACCCAUGUGCUUUGGACCUCAGUAUCCCCUCUAUGACCCCUCUGGCCCUGGCCCAGGGAUGCCUUCUGCUUCAUUGAGCCCAUCUGUUUGAGACUUGCUCACAUCUUCCUCUUUCGGGACUGGAGGUCACAGAGCUAGGUGCUUAGCAGUACAGUCACAGAGAUAACACAAAGCCUAGACGUAAAGGGACAGAGAGGAGAGGGGCAAGGGAGGACGGGUGGGGGCAGAGCUGCUCGGGACCAUGGCUGAGGCCAUCACCUAUGCGGAUCUGAGGUUCGUGAAGGCUCCCCUGAAGAAGAGCAACUCCAGCCGGUUGGGACAGGACCCAGGGGCUGACGAGGAUGGGGAACUCACCUAUGAGAACGUUCAAGUGCCCCCAGUCCCAGGGGUGCCCUUGAGCUUGGCUUCUUCUGGACUAGGGGACAAAGCAGCGGUCAAGUCUGAGCAGCCAACAGCUUCCUGGAGCGCCGUGACGUCACCGGCGGUCAGGAGGAUUCUCCCCUGCCGCACAGCCUGUCUUCGAUACCUCCUGCUUGGCCUGCUCCUCACCUGCCUGCUGUUAGGAGUGGCCGCCAUCUGCCUGGGAGUGCGCUAUCUGCAGGUGUCUCAGCAGCUCCAGCAGAUGAACAGGGUUCUGGAAGCCACUAACAGCAGCCUGAGGCAGCAGCUCCACCUUAAGAUAACACAGCUGGAACAGAGGGCAGAGGAUCUGCAGGGGUCCAGGAGAGAUCUGGUACAGAGUCAGGAAGCACUACAAGCAGAACAGAGGGCCCGUCAGGAGGCCGAAGGGCAGCUACAGGCCUGCCAGGCAGACAAAGAGAAGACAAAGGAGAACUUGCGAAGUGAGGAGGAGCAGAGGAGGGCCUUGGAGCAGAAGCUGAGCAACAUGGAGAACAGACUGAAGUCCAUCUUCACAUGCCACUCAUCAGACACCUGCUGUCCGAUGGGAUGGAUAAUGCAUCAAAAAAGUUGCUUUUACAAGUCACUUACUCGGAAAAAUUGGGAGGACAGCCAAAGACAUUGUGAAGCUCUGUCUUCCAAGCUGGCCACAUUCAGUGGAAUUUAUCCACAACGUUAUUACUUGAGCUUAAGUCUGCUGUUGCCAAAUGGUGAUUCACAGAAUUCAUACUGGAUCGGCCUUAGCUCUAAGGAUGGGAAGUUGGUUGAUGAUACACAACACUCUAGGGUUUAUAUUCAAAACUCAAAAUGCCCCUUGGUAAAAAUAUGGCCAUCGUCUUACACACAACUGUUUCAAGAGGCAUGUACAACUUCUCUUCCCUCCAUCUGUGAGAUGCCAGCUUUCAGGUUUCCAGAUUGGGACAGCCCUUUGCACCGAGCUGACACUCAUGCCAAUUAAGAGCCUGUGCCCCUCCUUCCUAACCUGAGGCUGUGGGGUCCUCAGACCGUCUCCUCCCUGCAUUCCUGAAUUCUGGCAGUGCCCGGCCAAGAGCUGAUCCAUGCCUGACACUUCCAGCCAGCCUGCUGCCUGUUCUCUCUUCCUGAAACUGGACUGUUCCUGGGAAAAGGGUGAAGCCACCUCUAGAAAGGACUUUGGCCCUCCCCCAAGAACCUCCCAGAGUGGAAUGGGGUGGGGGAGGAGGGCGUUAAGGGCUGAGCGGAUAGGGGCGGCCCGGAGCCAGCCAGGCAGUUUUAUUGAAAUAUUUUUAAAUAAUUGCACGUGUUAGUCUCA